GGUGUUGAUGGUCCUACUGGAGGUACGGGUUCAUCAGGUGCUACGGGACUUUCUGGUGCUACUGGCCAAACUGGUUCAAUAGGACCAUCAGGGGCUACUGGUAUUUCUGGAGUCUCUGGACCAACCGGUAAUAAAGGACCUACAGGCGCAACUGGAUCAAUCGGUGUUACGGGGGGACUUGGAAGAACUGGUCCAACGGGUGUAACUGGUCGGACUGGUGCAACUGGACUUACUGGUGUAUCAGGACCAACCGGGCACACUGGUCCGACUGGUGCCACUGGGGUCGUCGGAAAUAUCGGACCUACUGGGGCCACAGGAGUCACUGGUUUAGUAGGAUCAACUGGGAUAACUGGCUCUACUGGUCCUUCAGGAUCUACUGGGCAACCUGGCUCAACAGGAACAACAGGACAAGCAGGCAAUAUGGGGUCAACUGGGCCUACAGGACUUACGGGGCCAACUGGUUCUAAAGGGGAUUUAGGUGGCACUGGCCCUACUGGUUUACCUGGACAUACAGGUGUUACAGGGCCAACCGGAACAACUGGCUCACUGGGUAAAACAGGACCAACGGGUGCAACAGGCGUGUCUGGUUCUACUGGAUCAAGUGGACCAACUGGAUCCACUGGUUCAACUGGUACAACGGGGUCUACUGGACCAACUGGAAAAGCCGGACCAACGGGUAGCACAGGACCAACCGGGGCAACAGGGCAAAUAGGAACCACGGGGCCUACUGGAAUUAAAGGAGAUACUGGUCGUACUGGUCCUACUGGUAGCACUGGAACGCAUGGCGCAACUGGUAUAUCAGGAAGUACCGGACCUACUGGUAUUGUUGGACAAAUAGGCGGAACUGGGCCAAUUGGAAUUACAGGAAUAACUGGCGCUACGGGACCCGAUGGAGCGAUUGGACCGACAGGCCCCGAGGGCGCAACUGGUCCAACUGGAGUCGUGGAUUAUACUAAGCUUGAUUUGGACGAGUGUUUAUUGAACAAUGGAAAUUGUUCACACGUGUGUGUAAAUACUAUCGGAGAUUUUUACUGCGACUGUAAUACAGGUUAUAGAAUAGCAUCAGACAACAGAACUUGCGAAGAUGUCAUCGAGUGCGAUAUCAACAAUGGUGGCUGUGAACAGCAAUGUAGCAAUACAAUUGGGUCAUUUUACUGUAACUGCACCGAGGCCUUCUUUACACUUUCGGCCAACAGGCGAAGCUGUGAUGAUGUCAAUGAAUGUGUAACGGGCAAUCAUACAUGUUCAGGAUCCUUCCGCUGUGUCAACACAUACGGUGGAUUCGACUGUGUUAUAGACGCCGAUGCUUUUGAGGGAGCAACUGGCCCGUCGGGUGGGCCUAUGGGCGCCACUGGUCCUGCAGGCGCUACUGGUCUCACUGGAGAACGCGGGUUCGAAGGUAACACGGGUCCCGAAGGGCCCGUUGGAAUAGGAGCAACGGGCCCCGCGGGGUCAACUGGACCAACCGGUUCAAUAGGCUUAUACGGACCAUCGGGGGCAACAGGACCUAUUGGUGAAGUCGGGAUUGGGGCAACUGGUCCUGCUGGAGCGACUGGACCAUCUGGUGUAGGAGCUACUGGUCCGACGGGGCCCAACGGCACACUUGGAAUUGGUGCUACCGGAAAUACAGGUGCCACGGGUCCAUCGGGGCAAGAUGGACAGAACGGAAGUGCUGGUUCUCCAGGGGUGUUUGGUGCAACGGGUCCGACAGGUCCCCCUGGUCUUCCUGGUUCCAGCAAUUCAUCUGGGAACCCUAUUACUGCACCUAUUUCUAAUCUAGACUCUAAUUUGCGCACAUCGACUGAGCGAAUAACAACAAUUCUUUUAGUUUCCACCGUAACGGCAACUAUAGCAAUUUUGGUCAUAGCUGGCGUUGCGAUAAAAUUAUAUAGAACACAAAGGAGACAAAGAGAAGACAUUAACCAUUUAACCAGGAACAUUUCAAACAUAAAUACAGCAAUGGGAAUACGAAGUGUAAGUUAUGUUUCCAAAUCUGGUAGUGGUGCGACACCGACAAAGUCAAGUGCGCCCUCUAACGAGGAGUUGGGAGACGUCGAUUAUACUUUGUUUCGAGACUGUGAUGAAAUGCUAGUGCGACCAACAAUAGUAAAAUCUGUAGAAAAUAAUAACUCUAGUACAGAACCCAAUAGAAAUAUAAUCACUGAAUCACACCUCUAGCAAAUAAUAAGUCAAAUCCAUUUUGUUUGAUGUUCUCUAUAUCUAUUACUGAUGCCAUGGGCUUUCAACUAGAAAUUGAAAGCCCAUGCUGAUACCUGAAGCUCUCUGAUGCGGUAACUUAUAGCCUGAAUAUAUGCCGUGACAACCAGCUCCACAUCAUUGCAUAUCUAGUCCUUGCAUUUAAAAUGUCUUAUCCUACAUUUUUAAGUGAAGUGAAUUUUCCUUUAAUGAUACUUGUAUAUAUUUUUAAAUACUUGUUAAUAUUUUUAUAUAUUUAUAUGUUAAUAUGUUGUCGUUAUUUAUUUUAUAUAAUAGGUUUAUAUGAUAUCACUGUUUCAUGUUGAAGUAUAUUCUUUGUUUUGCAUGUCUAAAUUAUUCUAUCAUUGUUGAAUUUUAUUUAUUUUUAUCAUGUUAUAUCGAAAUCGCUCUCUGGAAAUUAUUACCUUUAUUUUUUACUUAAUGUUGUUAGUAUUUGUUGGUUUUAAAAUAAAGUAUAUUUUAUUUGAUGUA